AUGGUCUCAUCUCGGAUACGCGAGUUACGGGAUGAAGAUGGAGUCGAAGAAGACAUUGGUCAAGCCGAUGACCCUGUUCCUAAUGACGACGGAAGUGAUCUCGACAUACCGGAAAUGAUGUUUGCGGAUGGUGAAGAACCAGUAGGCGUUAGGGUUCUUACAUACCAGUCAUCUAGUGCCAUCAACACCAUACUCGAUGCACUGUCAGAAGAAGAGAUCCAGUUCCUCCGAGAAUCACCUUUUGGUAAGCUGGUGGAGAUAGCAGAAAAACCCGCCUUUUCCGGUAGAUUUGCGAGAUUUCUUCUUUCAAGACAGUUGAAAGUUGAGAAAAAACACGAAGUUUGGUUUCGUUUCGCCGGGAAUCCCAUUAGGUUUUCUCUUCGCGAGUUUGCGAUUGUCACUGGUCUCCCUUGUGGUGAUUUUCCGAAGAAAUCAAAGAGGAAAAGGAAGAAGGAUAUUAAUGAGAAACCAUAUUGGCCAGAGUUAUUUGGAAGUGCAGAGGAGAUGAGUGUUUCUAGGGCUGUGAAGAUGUUGCGGAAAAAACUCGUUACAGAUCCAGAUAUCCGGAUAAAACUGGCGUGUCUAGCUAUUGUCUCAUCCGUUCUGUUGUCCACCAAUCUGAAGGCUAAGAUGCUCAAGGAACACGUGGAGCUUCUCGGUAACAUAGACGACUUCUUUUCUUUCCCAUGGGGCCGACUUGCUUUUGAUAUGCUUAUUACUAGUAUCAAGAAGAGGGAUGAGAUCUCAUUGUCCCAAAAUACGAUUGCACUAAAAGGUUUUGCUCUAGCGCUUCAGCUCGUAAUUGUCGAGGCCGUACCUUCUCUCACAGAAGUUGUCCAAGAUGAAUGUUCAUCUUCCGAAUCUGAUACCGAGGAUGAGGAGUCAGAUAGCACGGGAAGGAAAACGAGAAAGCAGAUUUUGAGUCCUUCGCAUGCACGUGAGGUUGACAGAAAAGCUGAGGCGCUGGUUAGGUGCAUUAUACCUCAGGAUCCCUUAAGGCCAAUCAAUGAGGCAGUACUAGUAUGGGCAGAUGAAGUAGUUGACAUCAAAGUUAGUAACCUACUGAAGUUGAUCUUCGCGAAUCAUGUGUUUACCAAAGAGAUGUUCAAAGGUGGUGUUUCAAAAUCCGAUGUAGAAAAGAUGCGUGAGAAGUCAAAAGUUCCGGUUAAAAAGAAGCCACAAAAUGUGAAGGAGACGAUUGUUGGAGACGUUGAUGAAGGAAAAAUAAGGUCGAUCGUGUGUUCUAUUCUUAAACCCGAGAUUGAGAGGCUUGAUCAGCAUGUUUCAUCUGCGGUUGCAAUCGUCAAAGACAAUUCAGGUGUUAUUGCUGCAGUUGAGGCGAUGUUAAAGUCCUUUAAAGCUGAAAUAUUGUCAUCUUUCCCCCCCUGCGAAUCCCCCGUAGGUGUAACAGAUGAGACACGCCAACCUGAUGUGGAUGAAAAUGCCAAGGCUAUUUCAAACGUCCUUGAAAAUAUCAGUCAUUAUUCAACACCUCCUUCUUCUGCUGAAAACCGUUUAGUUGAUGAAGGUACGUCUCAUCAUCAAGUGUCUGUCCAUGCUUUACCCGGCCAUGACCAAAAUAGCAACUUCGAACCAGUUUUGGAUUCUGUCCUUUCCGAGAGUAAUGGUUGUCCUGGUGUUGAUUAUCCUACAUUCGAGUUGGGUCUCACUCAGGAGAUACUGCCAGCAACAGUUGGUGUGGAUGAGGUGGGUGACAAUGAAACCGAAAAAACGUCUGUUGCUCCCGUCCAAGAGAAUCUGCCUAUAAUGGAGACUUCUUCUCGAGGUGGUGGUAUCUCUAUUGGAAAAUUGCUUUCAACAGCUGCUAUAGACGACGACAUUGUCGAUGAUGAAGAUUCCGGUGCGGAGUGUAAUUAUGAUACUAUGUUACGCCGUAAAAGCAAACAUUUGCGGAUUGUCCCUCCUUUUCUUCUAAUCGGGUAUCAGUGUGGGUCAGCUAUUCUAAACCGUGCAAGAGAGGCCCAAUUAUGUGGUGAUAGCUACUACGAGAUGUCCGUCAUUGAUAUCCUCAUCAAGCUGGUUAUAUCAACAUUUGAGAAUCAAGUCAAUUCCAGAGUAGAGAAUACAUGUGCAUUCCUUGAUAGCCGAUUUGCUUCACUGAUGUGUAGGAAUCACCCCAAGUUCAAGAAGCCCAAGUCUAAAAUUGGAUUCACCUUACCAAAGAGUUUGGUUGAAUAUUUCAGUGCUUCCAAAGCGUACAUACUUGAUUGCAAUCCAGGAGUUACGACCCUUGCAACGCUACACAAAGAGCUUCUUCCGAUUACCGAAUUGUUUCCCCACCUUCUGAAACAAUGUGGGGUUUCCGUUGAGGGCGUUGAUAAACCUCUUGUUGUUGAAAGGAUGGUUGGUAUUGCAACGAACACGAACCCCGGGGAUGCAGGUAUAGCGGCCACCUUGUUGAUCCAAUCUCAUGCUUUUUUUGGACCUGAAUCUUGUACCUCUAUCACUCCGUCCGUAAUACCAGACGAAGCCCACAGAGCAGCUGUAAUGAUCUACGAGUUUCAUGUGAAGCUCUAG